UCCUAUUCUCUCGUCCAGUCGAGUUCGGUCAGGUGAUCUAGCUCGCUGGAGCAGCUGGGAAGCCUCGCUAUCGUUCUCUAUCAAACAAACAGACGAACAGUAGCGAAACUACGGAGAUAGGCGCUGUAUACAUACCGACGGAUAUAUACAAUAAACCUAGACAUACUACACAGGACGCGUUGUGACAAGAUUACGGCAUGGGGGACCGUAUUUCUUUGUUGCUUCUGAUUUUUGCGGCCGCUGGGCAAGCGGUAGAGGUGUCCACAGAUGGUGGGUUGGGCCUGCUGGCUGAGCCACAGGUAGCCAUGUUCUGCGGGAAGCUCAACAUGCAUGUGGACGUCCAAAGUGGCAAGUGGGAGUCGGACCCAUCUGGCACCAAAAGCUGCAUCGGGACCAAGGAAGGCAUCCUGCAGUACUGUCAAGAGGUGUACACUGAGCUCCAGAUAACCAACGUGGUGGAGGCCAACCAGCCAGUCAGCAUCCAGAACUGGUGUAAAAAGGGCCGCAAGCAGUGCCGCAGCCACCUGCAUAUUGUGGUGCCUUACCGGUGCCUAGUGGGGGAGUUUGUCAGCGAUGCCUUGCUUGUCCCAGAUAAGUGCAAGUUCCUUCACCAGGAGCGCAUGGAUAUGUGUGAGAGCCACCUGCACUGGCAUACUGUGGCCAAAGAGUCCUGUGGAGACCGCACCUUGAGCCUGCACGACUAUGGCAUGCUGCUGCCCUGUGGCAUUGACCGUUUCCGGGGGGUAGAGUUUGUGUGCUGUCCGUCGGAGAGGGAGGCCGACAGCGGUGAGCAGGAGGAUGACGACUCGGACGUGUGGUGGGGAGGAGCCGAGAUUGACUAUGCGGAGAACAGUAUGGCCAGGGGAGUCAUUGAUCCAGAGGAACCCGAGCCCCAGAAGCAGCAGGAAGAAGAGGCAGAAGAGACUGCUCCUGCCAUGGAGGAAGAAGAUGAAGAUUUGGUGCAGGAAGAGGAGCAGGAUGAGAAUGAGGAGGUGCUGGAAGAAGAGGUGCUGGAGAACGACCAGGACGGAGAUGGGGACGACGAGGAGGACAAUGACGUCAUUGACAAGCACGAUGACAGUGAGCCCACCACCAGUGUCGCCAUGACCACCACUACCACCGAGUCUGUGGAAGAAGUUGUUAGAGAAGUGUGUUGGGCGAGUGCUGAGACCGGCCCAUGCCGCGCCAUGCUGGCUCGCUGGUACUUUGACCGCAAAGAGGGCCGCUGUGCCCAGUUCAUCUAUGGUGGCUGCGGAGGCAACCGCAAUAACUUUGAGUCGGAGGAAUACUGCCUGUCUGUCUGCAGCACCACCAUGGCCACUGCCGCCCCCGAUGCUAUGAACCGCUACCUGGAUGCACCUGGGGAUGACAACGAGCAUGCCCACUUCAACAAAGCCAAGGAAAGCUUGGAAGCCAAACACCGGGAUAGAAUGUCUGAGGUGAUGAGAGAGUGGGAGGAGGCAGAGAGAGAGGCCAAGAAUCUACCACGUGCUGAUAAGAAGGCUGUCAUCCAGCGUUUCCAGGAGAAGGUGGAGAUGUUGGAGCAGGAGGCAGCCAGCGAGCGGCAGCAGCUGGUGGAGACUCACAUGGCCCGGGUGGAAGCCCUGCUUAAUGACCGCCGUCGUCUAGCCCUGGAGAGCUACCUGACCUCCCUGCAAGCUGAACCACCCAGGCCUCGUCAUGUAUUCAGUCUUUUGAAGAAGUACGUCCGUGCAGAGCAGAAGGACAGACAACACACCCUCAAACACUUUGAGCAUGUUCGCAUGGUUGACCCCAAGAAGGCUGCUCAGAUCCGACCACAGGUACUGACUCACCUGCGUGUUAUUGAUGAGAGGAUGAACCAGUCCCUGAGUCUGCUGUACAAGGUGCCUGGAGUGGCUGACAACAUCCAGGACCAAAUUGAGCUGCUACAGAAAGAGCAGUCAGAGAUGGCCCAGCAGCUGUCCAACUUGCAGAGCGAUGUACGUGUGAGCUACGGCAACGAUGCCCUGAUGCCUGACAGUCUCCCGGACAGCACAGGUCCUUCCCUGGACAUACUGCCCCAGGAAGAAGGCCUGGGCCUGGACGGAAUAGGCUUCAUCCACCCUGUGAGCUUCAACCAGUUUGACGGUGACGACCUGGCAGAGCCUGUGCAUGCUCACCCCUUUCCUGAUAGAGGACUUCCCACUCGACCAGUGUCUGGUCUGAAGCCCCAAGAAAUACCAGAGCUCAGGAUGGAGGCUGAGGAGAGGCGCAGCGCUGGAUAUGAAGUGCACCAUCAGAAACUAGUGUUCUUUGCUGAGGAUGUCAGCUCAAACAAGGGAGCCAUCAUCGGGCUUAUGGUGGGCGGUGUCGUCAUAGCAACCGUCAUUGUCAUCACCCUGGUGAUGCUGCGGAAGAAGCAGUACACAUCCAUUCAUCACGGUGUCAUUGAGGUGGAUGCAGCAGUGACCCCUGAGGAGCGUCACCUGUCCAAGAUGCAGCAGAAUGGCUACGAGAACCCCACCUACAAGUUCUUUGAGCAAAUGCAGAACUGAGGGAUGGCAAGCUCUCUCAACCCACCCCUUGACUCCCUCCAAAACCCCCACCUUGAUCCUCCUCCUCAGGCAGUAUGGGCUGGAACCAGGCACUUCUAUCACUCCUGGUAUAGACAAAGAUUGUCCCCUUUAGUGCUGGUCCCAGAGUCUGUUUUCUUUAUUUGGAAAUGAGUUGACAGACAAAAUAGAGUAGGGAGAUGUACACUCCAGAUUGGUGUUGUAAAGCGGGCAUUCUCUGGCUGCCCUGCCAGCCCCACUGUCCCCAAACAAUAUACUACUGCACUCUCUAUAUGCCGAUGUAUAGACGAGGUCUUAUGGGUGAAUGAUGGCUUUCCCAGCCUCCCUUCCUCCUUCCUGUCUUUGGGGCGUUCUUAUAACAGCAGUGCUGUGUUAUGUCACACAAGGCUAAGAACAGUGAUGCUGAUGGUAAUAAUACACUCUAAACAAGCUCUUUUCUUUUAGAGUUAUUCUAUAAUUUUGUUUUUCAAAAAAAAGAAAGAAGCACAAAAAUAAAUCACAUAUAAAGAUGGGGGGGAAAAAAAUAAACGUUUCUUUUUUAUCGCGUGUAAUGUAAUGAAGUAAUGCUGAAAAAUGUAUCUGUUCCUAUUUAAUGCAUGAUUAUGAACAUUUCUAGGGGGUUGUUGAAAAUUUUAAAAAAUAAAUAUCUUUCUGCUUCUCUGGAGAGAUACUCACAUAGAGAUUAUCAUUCUAACAGGAUUGUACAUUUAGUAUCUUCUUGUGAUCACGUGAUUUAAAAACAACAACGUCGGAUAAAAAAUAUAUAUAUAUCUGCUUGGAUAUCAUGUUAAGUACACUGAGAUAGAUCUGUGGAUUUUGGGAUUUAAAAAGUUUAUUUUCUAUUUCAACCAUGCUACUACAUUCUUAAAACUAUGCGGGGGGCUGGCUUGAUCAGUAUGUGUAUUUUAUUAUUAUCUGAUGUUUGUGUUGGCCUCUUCUUGCGUUUAGCAGACUUCUAUGUAGAGGCUUUUUGACUGCUUAUUUUGGAUUUAGUUUUUUGCUUCCCUGUUGUUUUGUGUUUUUUGUAUUUGUAGGUUGGAAUAUGUAAAGGGGGGGGGUGUAAAUGGAAGUGGAAGAAUAGAGUUAUGGGAGGAGGGUGGAUGAGUCUGUGUGGAGGUUAUCAAGUCUAGAUAGCUUUCUCCUUUCAGUGCUAUUUUUCCGCAGAAAAGACCAAGGGUCUUCUCCUCUGUACGUUAAUGUUUGUGAUAAGAGCAAUCCAAUACAGUUUGUUCCCAGUUUGUUCUUCUUUUUCUUUUGUUUCUUUCACUGCCGAGAUUAGAAACUAAACAGGUGCAAUGCAGAGGGGGUGAUAGGGGUUGUAAGAUGGAAUGAAGAGGUCGAGAGGGAAUAACUAGCUGUUCCAGAUGUCCAGUGUGAAACCUCCCCCCCACCCCCCACAUCACACAUACACACUCACCCUCUAGAAGGGUGAAUGUCACCUCUGUUGCACAAUGGAUCUAUUUGUCGUCUUAGUGGUUUUUAGAGGAUGUAUUUCCUCACUGUGGCCUGAAGGUGGCAGUUUAGAUUUAAACAUUUGUUUAACGCAGGGUUUAUUUUCUUUUUGUUUCUUCUGUGGCUUUUUUCUAUUUUCUUUGUUGUGUGAGCCAUUUGCAUUGACUGGAGAGAAAAAAACGCUUUCUACACUGUAUUCCAUAAAUAAAGUUUUGAAUGUACUUAAAGCCCCCAAUGA